AUGGCUUCGUUGGAUCAGUUAUCACAGAAUCAAAAGGAUACAGGCGCCAAGCUUGUUAAGGGUCCAUGGAGACAUGAGGAGGAUGAGAAGCUGUUAAAGUUAGUAAAGGAGUUUUCGCCAAAAAACUGGUCGUUUAUUGCGAAGAAACUAGGAAGCAGGGUUGGGAAACAAUGCAGGGAAAGGUGGCACAACCACCUUAACCCACAAAUCACAAAGAAACCGUUUACUAUGGAAGAGGAGGCAUUGAUAAUUGAGCUUCAUUCAAAGUUUGGGAAUCGGUGGUCAGAGAUAGCAAAGUACCUUCCUGGAAGGACAGAUAACGCAAUAAAGAACUACUGGAAUUCGUCGAUACAAAGAAGGAGUGAGAAGGUGAGAAGGAAGAGCAUGUUCUGCUCGAUUGACGAGUUCCACAAGAACUACGAGGUAGGGCAUGGAAAGGAGGGUACCUUUGUGAGUUCUCUUCAAGCAAAUGUAAAUCAAAAGACGAGGAGAAGUAGCAGUGUCCAGAACAUUCCCCAGUAUGUUCCAAGCACAGCAAGGUCAUUCGAUGAGGAUGACUUUGACGAGAUGGACGAGAUCGCCAGCCAAGCUCUUCUGAGGAUAUGUAUGUCAUUCUAA